UGAUCAGUAUAAAACGUCAGUAGUCAGUACGUUCACGACGAUAGAGUGGAGUGGGUGUCUCGUCGGGUCAUCGGGGCCAUCGAGCGUAUCGGAGCAACGUCUGGCAACGCGUUCGCGCUUAUCAAUCGCGGUGAAUCGGCCGCGAUAACGCGCUUGCGAAACAUCGAGGUGAGUCCGUUGAUGCGCGAAUUUUGAAAGCGAUCGGAAACAAAAAAAAAAAGAAAAAAAAUAAUCCGCACUGCUCUCGCGCGUAUACGCGCGUACCUGACCUGAUGCGCUCGCAGAUCUUAGCUCCGCGGAGAGGAGAUCACGGAUCAUACGUCAGAUCGAUUUUUGCACCAGGUGUUUAUCAUACGUGAUUCAUCCUCCUCGCCGCGGACUUUCUUUCCCGAAACGCGCGCACGGGAAAAUGUAAGCUUCGAGAAAACGUGUCCUCCCUCCGACGAAUUCGAGACGAGUCCGCCAUCCGCUUUCAACGGGGCCACGUGGACCACGUCGAGAAGGAAAAAAUAUGUGCCAGCAUGUCCGAGGACGACGCGCAGGAAGCAGCCACCGAGGAGAUCGAGAGACAGGGAUCUCUCUACGUGUUUCCGGGUGCGGGUCGCCCCAGCUACGCGACGACGUCAUCGUCGUCUUCGUCGUCGAUCUCGGCGUCUCACCAGCCGCCUCCUCUGUCGUUCUUUCACGGUGGUUCGACCACGGCGAGCACGACGAUGACGGCCAGUAUCACGACAACCACAAACACGUCGAAAAACAGCAACGGCGACGAGGACGAGGACGCAGUAGAGGAAGUCAGCUCUCCGGCCAGGAAGAAAGCCUUCCCGAGAACGCACGCGAGAUCGGCGAGCCACGGUGGUGUCCUGGCGGAUGGUACAACCGAAUGGCAGACCUACGGGUCCUUCCUGGGUCCAUUGACGACGGUGGGAAGUGCCACAUCCGCGGGUCGACCAUCGGCAUUAAAGAAGCCGGGCCACCAGAGAGCCUUCAGUCAGGGUCAGGUGGCGGAUGUAACGCAGAACCAACCAGCCGUAACGGGACACCAUCGUGUUGGGUCCAGAACAGAUUUUAUCCUACCACCAGGCCACAGGGAGGAUGGCAGACCGCCUACUGCUGGCAGGAUGCCUUCCUUUCGCGGACAUUCCCGUCAAGCGUCCAGAUCGGAGUCUAUCUAUACGAUAAGACGUAGUGUUGCGCCUCCAUGGUGGAGAAGACUAUGGGCCCAUUGUUUUGGCCCGCUACCAGAAGAACCCCGUUUAAGAACAAUAGUGCCGAAUCAUUUAGUCCCCCCGAAGACUCCGAAGAGACAGCAUCCCAAUGGAAAUAGGAUGGACAAUAGGGUACGCACAACGAAGUACACGGCGCUGAGCUUCCUACCUCGUAAUUUGUUAGAGCAAUUCCACCGUGUGGCCAAUCUGUACUUCAUUUUCAUCGUGCUGCUUAAUUGGGUGCCGGCUAUAAACGCGUUUGGCAAGGAGAUUGCGAUGAUCCCCGUAGUAUUCGUUCUGGGCGUCACGGCGCUUAAGGACUUCUUCGAAGAUCGCCGACGACUCGCCAGUGACCGGCGUGUGAACAAUUCCACCUGCCGUGUCUACGUUAGUGAAGGCGACAGAUACAUGAAGGUAGCGUGGAAGGAUGUCAAGGUGGGUGAUCUGGUUCACCUUUCGAACAACGAACUGGUACCGGCCGAUCUCUUGCUUCUGCGAAGCAGUGAUCCUCAGGGAUUAGCUUACCUCGAUACAUGCAACCUCGAUGGCGAGUCGAAUCUGAAGCAGCGCCAGAUUGUCCGGGGUUUUCUCGAUCUGCAGGGUACCUUCCAGCCUUCCAAGUUCCGAUCAGUAGUCGAGGUCGAUCAACCAAGUACUAGAAUAUAUAGGUUUCAUGGCGCCGUGGUACAUCCAAAUGGCGGCAGGGUGCCCGUAUCCACGGAAAAUCUUUUACUCAGGGAAUGCGUCUUAAAAAACACGGACUUCGUCGAGGGUAUAGUCAUAUACGCCGGCCAUGAGACCAAAGCGUUGCUGAACAACGGUGGUCCUAGGUACAAGCGCUCUCGUUUGGAGAGAUACAUGAACAGGGACGUGAAAUGGUGCGUGGUGAUAUUGAUGGUACUGUGUGUGAUCGGCGCUUUCGGUUGCCGAUUCUGGCUGUCCGCGUACACGGGUCUGUCGAUGGUGCCGUUUUUACCGGUCCUGCAGGAGCCGAUUUACGAGAGCUUACUGACGUUCCUGACAUUCGUCAUAAUAUUUCAAGUGAUGAUACCGCUGAGCCUGUACGUGACGAUCGAGAUGGCUAAGGUGGGACAGGUGUACCACAUCGGCCACGACCCGGCCCUCCACGACACGGAAACCGGCCGUAAGGCGGAAUGCCGCGCGCUGAAUAUCACGGAGGAACUAGGCCAAGUGCAGUACGUCUUUUCCGACAAGACUGGCACUCUUACGGAGAACAAAAUGCUAUUUAGGAGAUGCGCAGUAGGCGGCCAAGAUUACUCGCAUAUGGGCGAUAACGAGAAUUUGCUUCCGUGCUCGCGGCUUAAGGAGGACCUCCUUAUAGGUACAUUUCGACAUCGCUUGCAGGAGUUUCUUAUUGUCUUAGCCACAUGUAACACGGUAGUCGUAAAUUCUCAACCGCAUCACGAUAGUAUGAACUCUAGCGGAGUCAUCGAGGAACCUCAGAAAAACGGAAGCGGCCCUACGAGGAGAAUAACGCAAGCAGACGCGAGCUCAUUUCCGACCGUAAAUUCUCCACCGGUACCAUUAUCUCCGAGCAACAGAGCUGUUCACACUUUAUCUGCAGGCUCACCAGUAAUUAACACGGCAAAUACGUUCGACGAUACUUCGAAAUUCCCAUUUAAAAUUUCCAGGCCAAAGUUGCUGAACGUAACAUCGAUACCGAGUCUGAGCAUCGGAUUGCUGGGACGGAAAUUUUCGCCGGAGGGACAGAAGGUUUCAGGACGCAGUCCUGAUGCAAAGAACGGCGAUGAGCUGCUACAGAGUCCAGCGAUCUACGAGGCGGAGAGCCCGGACGAGUUGGCACUGGUUCACGCAGCACGCGCUUACGACAUCAAGCUAGUGAAACGGACGCCCCGCAGCGCGAUUAUAUCCUUCCCGGAUAAGUCAACGAUCGCGUUCGAGAUACUUCACGUGCUGCCGUUUGAUUCGAACAGGAAAUGCAUGUCGGUGUUGCUCAGGCAUCCUCAUACCGGCGAGAUAGUGUUAUACAGCAAGGGUGCCGACACGACGAUACUGCCGGCGCUUUCGUCGAGCGAUGAGAACACCGUCGCCUCGGCGAGUAUCCGACAGUACCUGCAAUCGUACGCGCGUCAAGGUCUACGCACGUUGGUGAUAGCGAAGAGAACACUGACAGCGCAAGAGUACGAGACGUGGAGACAGAAACACGACGAGGUGGAGUUGGCAACGGAGAAUCGCGAGCAUCGCAUACGCGACUCGUACGCGAUGCUGGAGUCACACUUGACGUUAUUGGGUGCGACUGGUAUCGAGGAUAAACUCCAGGCUGGUGUGCCCGAAACAAUGGCCGCUCUGGUCGCCGCCGGGAUCGUCGUGUGGGUUCUGACAGGGGACAAACCGGAGACCGCAGUGAACGUGGCGUACUCGGCGCAGCUCUUCACGCCGGCCAUGCAACUGCUGCAGCUGCAGGCGAGAUCGAAAUCCGUAGCUGAGACGCUUAUACACGGUUACCUGGAGUCGGCGCGCAAAGAGCGCAUAAACAACAGUCAUUCGCAGCCGGGUAUGAUGGGCAUUGCGGAUCCCGCCGGCAUAUACAAUCGCGAUAUCAUCGAGAGAGACGCGCAUAGGAUCGGCAGCCCGUGGCCACGACAACGCGCGCUUGUUGUGGACGGCAAGACGUUGACCGUGAUCCUAGAUCCGCGAUCGGGUUUGACCGGUCCGUUUCUCGAGCUCACGAGAAUGUGCUCUAGCGUCUUAGCCUGUCGUGCCACGCCAUUGCAAAAGGCAUACAUAGUCCGUAUCGUUAAAAAACAAUUGGGAAUGAGGACGUUAGCAAUUGGCGAUGGCGCGAAUGACGUUAGCAUGAUACAGACCGCCGACGUGGGCGUCGGUAUCUCAGGGCAAGAAGGCACGCAAGCAGUAAUGGCAGCCGAUUUCGCGAUUUCCCGAUUUUCUAUGCUGAGCCGGCUCCUCCUUCUACACGGUCACUGGUGUUACGACCGUCUCGCUAGAAUGAUUUUAUACUUCUUUUACAAGAACGCUACUUUUGUCUUCCUUAUAUUCUGGUUUCAAAUAUUUUGCGGCUUUUCCGGUGCUGUAAUGAUAGACCAAAUAUAUUUAAUGCUGUACAAUUUAUUGUUUACUUCGCUGCCACCUCUCGCCUUAGGCAUUUACGAUCGAGUCGCCAAAGCUCGCAUAUUACUUACAGCGCCGGAAUUAUACACAAGAGGACGUCUAGGACUAGUGUAUCAGUCGCAUUCGUUUUGGCUCACGAUUAUGGACGCUCUUUACCAAAGUAUCGUCAUAUUUUUUAUUACCAAAGAGGUUUAUGACGAUUCGAUUAUUGACAUAUGGGAAUUUGGGACAACUAUUAUGUCAGCGUGUAUCGUCGUUAUGCUAGCUCAUGCUGCUAUAGAAACUAGGUCUUGGACUAUAAUCCAUAUUGGUGCCAUCUUCGGUUCCUUAGGCAUUUUCUUCGGAUUUUGCUUAUUUUACAAUGCUGUUUGUGUCAAUUGCAUGGGCCUACCUGGGUCCUUUUGGAUAAUGGAACAGGCCUUUACACAUAUCACAUACUGGCUGACAGUGGCACUUACUUCUGUUCUUGCCUUAAUGCCUAGGUUAAUGUAUAAAGCGAUACAGUCCACUAUCACACCAGAUGCUAUGCACGUUGUCUCGCGGCGAAUCGUCGCGAAAAGCGACGGUCAAGUUCGUCGGCAGCGUAUUAGCAGUCAAAGAGGCGAAAUCAAUUUUAUUGCUGGAUGGUCGCGUUCCUCGCAACACGCUACUAUCAGACCCAGUAGCUACGGAAGCAAAAGCAACGCUCUUACGACUAUUGUCGCGUGACAGGUCAGAUCGAGAUGAAAAAAAAACGUAUCCAUCUCAUCAACCGGAAAAACCAAUCGAUCGCCGAAAAAGGGGGACUGAUCUUUCGCUCUCCCAAUUCUCCUCAAAAGUCGUGUAUUCUUUCAUCGAUUAGAAGAGAAUCUUCUGACCUCCGAAAGCCUUUUGCAUUGACAAUCUUGUCUAAUAACUCUAUAAUAUUUAAUUAUUUCUGAUUAACGAUUACCUAGCUUUCUGUAAAUUGUAGUUUUAAUGCUGUAGAUACGAGAGGAAAGCUAGUUAACCAUGGUGCUGUUGAACGUGGAAAUUCGCGUUCGUUAAUAUCAUCAUGCAAUACAGAUUAUUAAA